UGGUUUUCGGAAUUUUAUUUACCUAGUUUAGACUUUAGUUUUAGUUAUUUGGGAAAAUAUUAAUUAAGAAAACACAACUAUAGCUUCAAAUUACCCAUUUUAUAUAAUUUUUUGAAUAAAUUUGAAUAUUUUUACUAGGUAAAAUACAAAAUACUGUUCCAACUUCCAAGAACUGGAUAACCAGCCACGUGAUUUUGAGAACUCUGUCGAAACUGCUGUAAAUUUGUAACUGUGUCUGUCCUCUUGUGAAGUAUACUCAUUUGACUUUUUAACAUCAAAGACUUUCAUCCAGGUACAUGUUUAGUGCUAACUAGUUGGGACUUGUGAUGUUUCACCACACAGGUUUUACUUUCCCUCUCCAGCAGUACAUUUACAACUGUACCUUAUAUUGAAACAAUGUAUUAUGUAUCGUCUGCCAAGUAUACUGCGAUCAUCAGCUGCCCACCAACUUUUACCAAGUUUGAUACGGGGAUUUGCAAAGGAUGUUAAGUUUGGACCAGAUGUUCGUGCUUUAAUGCUGCAAGGGGUGGAUGUCUUAGCCGAUUCUGUUGCAAUAACAAUGGGGCCCAAGGGCAGAAAUGUCAUUCUGGAACAGUCCUGGGGCAGUCCCAAGAUCACCAAAGAUGGUGUGACAGUAGCUAAGGCCAUUGAACUAAAAGACAAGUUUCAGAACAUUGGUGCAAAGUUAGUCCAGGAUGUCGCUAAUAACACAAAUGAAGAGGCUGGUGAUGGAACUACUACAGCAACAGUUUUAGCACGAGCAAUUGCCAAGGAAGGAUUUGAAAAGAUAAGCAAGGGUGCAAAUCCAAUUGAAAUUAGAAAAGGAGUAAUGUUGGCAGUGGAGAAAGUAGUAGAGCAGUUAAAGACUUUAUCUAAAAAUGUAACCACUCCUGAAGAAAUAAGCCAGGUUGCAACUAUAUCAGCAAAUGGAGAUAAACAAAUUGGAGAGUUGAUCUCAAAUGCAAUGAAAAAAGUUGGAAAAGAUGGAGUCAUCACAGUAAAGGAUGGAAAAACAUUAUAUGAUGAACUGGAAGUCAUUGAAGGCAUGAAGUUUGACAGAGGCUAUAUCUCACCAUAUUUUAUUAAUACAGCUAAAGGAGCCAAAGUGACGUUUCAAGACGCUUUAGUGUUAUUCACUGAAAAAAAAAUUUCAAGUAUCCAGUCUAUCAUUCCAGCACUAGAGCUUGCAAAUGCACAGAGACGUGCUUUAGUGAUCAUUGCUGAAGAUGUUGAUGGAGAAGCUUUGAGCACUUUGGUGUUAAACAGGUUGAAAGUUGGUCUCCAGGUAGCAGCAGUGAAAGCACCAGGGUUUGGGGAUAACAGAAAGAACACAGUUCAUGAUAUGGCUGUAGCCACUGGUGGUCUCGUUUUUGGUGAUGAUGCUAGUCUUACCAAACUUGAAGAUGUUAAGCUAGAAGAUUUGGGAGAAGUUGGUGAUGUCACAAUUACCAAAGAUGACACUCUUUUUCUGAAGGGAAAGGGCAGAAAGGAGGAUGUAGAUCGUAGAAUUGCCCAAAUUAAAGAUGAAAUUGACAUGUCUAACUCUGAUUAUGAGAAAGAGAAACUGAGUGAACGACUAGCAAGAUUAGCUAGUGGUGUAGCACUGUUAAAGGUUGGUGGUUCAAGUGAGGUAGAAGUAAACGAAAAGAAAGAUCGUGUUAAUGAUGCAUUGAAUGCAACAAGGGCAGCUGUUGAAGAAGGAAUUGUAACUGGUGGUGGUACAGCACUUAUACGAUGUAUUCCUGUCUUAGACCAGCUGAAGGGAGAUAACAAUGACCAACAAACAGGCAUUGAUAUUGUCAAGAAAACCUUAAAGAUGCCUUGCAAGCAGAUUGUAGAGAAUGCUGGAGUUGAUGCUUCAGUAGUAGUUCAGAAGGUUAUAGAUUCAGACCUAGAAGUGGGGUAUGAUGCUCUCAAUAACAGAUAUGUCAACAUGAUAGAAGCAGGAAUCAUUGAUCCCACAAAGGUUGUAAAAACAGCACUUCUUGAUGCUGCAGGAGUUGCAUCCCUUCUCACAACAGUUGAAACUGUAGUAGUCGAGCACCCGAAGGUAGAAAAGGGUGGGCCCAUGGGAGGAAUGGGUGGUAUGGGAGGUUUAGAUAUGUAAAGGAUUGUAACUACUUGCAGAUGUGCCAUUUCAUUAGAAAGAAGACCAAAGAAACUUUUAGUGAUUGAUACAAAUGUUUCAUUUUAAGAAAUGGAUAAAAAAAGAUUAGUUUAUUGUAGAAUAUAAAAAAACAAAGCAUCAGAGGUAGAAGUAAAAUGUUUCUAUUUCUGUGACAAAAAGCAUUUAAAUCAUUUUUCAGUCAUAAUAAAUA